UCAAUUCAAUUCAAUUUCUGUUAUUGCUUCAAUCCCUUCAGAUUUAGAGAGCUAAGUAUAAUGGAGAAAGCACACACUAAAUCUUCUCUCAAGGCAAAAGAUGAAGCCAAGGAGAGACUCUAUGACAAAUCCAAGGCAACCCCAAAGACUACAGCCAAGGAAAAUACUAAGCCCCAAGAAUUCAAACUCCACACAGAGCAAAGAGCAUACAAACGUGCAAUGUUCAAUUAUUCUGUCGCCACCAAGCUAUACCUCAUGGAGCUACAAAAGAAACAAAUAGAGAAGGUCCAAAAGAUCAUGGAAGAAGAGGAGAUUCGCAUGCUGAGAAAGGAAAUGAUUCCAAGAGCCCAGUUGAUGCCUUUCUUUGAUAGACCUUUCUUCCCACAAAGAUCAAACAGACCCUUGACAAUACCAAGAGAGCCAAGUUUCCGCAUGUUGAACAGCAAGUGUUGGAGCUGCAACUCAGGGAAUGAACUCUACCAUUUUGAACAUGCACAAGCUUGGAACUACUAAACGAACCACAUUUCCUAGGGAAAAUUUGUAAAAUAUAUGUAAUAUACUUGGCGGGUGUUUCUGUACAACAGCAUAUUCUAGUCAUAGAUAACUUUCACUUCUUCUCUGAUAAGUCAUGAGUGUGUUGAUAGUACUGUAGCAACAUUUAAGAUCUCUUUUAGGAAGUGUGAAUGUGAUUAUAUAUAGCCAUGACCCCUCCUUUCAAUGGGUUCUUUUCACACACUAAUAAUGUGAAUGCUUUUUUGUACUACAUUUUGUUUCAUCAAUGAGUAAAUAUUAUGCCUUUUUUUGCAUAA